AAAAAAAAAAAAAAAAAAAAAAAAAAACCACCAGCGACGGUAUUUCUUGUCGCGUACGUUGCCCUGGGUCGCAAGUUCUUCUUCGUACUACAAAGCCAGACGGAAGCUGGCGUUACAGACUAAGACAUACUCCAGCCCCUUUUUUGGUUCAGCUCGACUUCGUAUAAUCGCAGGCGGAGUUUUAUCGAGGGGAUCAAAUUGACAGAUUACAAUGCUUCACAUCGCUGGAUACCAAUAAUAGUUUCUGGCGCUUUUGCAUUUAAAAAAGGGAUCAAUGCCGGAAACAAAUCGCAAGGUCGGUAAACAUGUGUCAGGAAAACAAAAAGGACAAGAAAGCCAAGGAGUCAAGCCAUGGUUUGAACGAAGGUUUUCAGGGAUCGCGUAAUCUCACCCAAAUGGCUUCGAGGGCGAAGCGCCACAGCUUUUGGAAAGGUCAGAACGACGAUUCUGUGACGUACUCUUGA